AUGUUCGCCGUGACCACCUCCGUCGCCGCGCCGGUGCGUCCUCCGCGCGAUCGUCGUCCCUUCGCGUCGCGCGCUCGCGCGAACCCGCGACCGCGCAAGGACGGCGCGGACGGCGCGGACGUCUACAUCGGCAAAGGCCGCUGGGUGAAGGACGACCCGAAGAAGUACGCCGGUCGCGACGACUGGUUCACCGGCGGAUGGCCCGGCGGCGAGGUCGGUUUGAAAGAAUCGUUCAUCCAAGAGCCGAUCGAGGUCGACUCCGGGCCGACCUCGAAUUGGGCGAAGCUCCCGGAGGAGUUCGACGGCGAAGACACGGUGUACGUCGGCAAAGGGAAGUACCUCAAGGCUGACGCCAAGGCGUUCGCGGGGAGGGAUAACCUCGUCACGGGCGGUUGGGCCGGCGGCGAAGUCGGCCUGAAGCUCGACAAGGCGAGGAAGCUGAAGGCGGGCGAUUACGUCGCGAUCAAAGGGAGCGGCGGGAACUUUUUUCAGCGGCUGUUCAGCGCGGACGACACGCGGAAGACGGGGACCGUGAAGAAGGUGGACAUCAAGGCGAGCGGGAAGGUCACCGUGUCCGUCGCGGUGUUGCCGUUCGACAACGUCGAGGAGUUCUCGGACGACCAGCUCGAGAUCAUCGACUGAGCGGUGCGAAAUUGAAAUGACCGACCGACUGAAGCGCGGCGCGGCGACGCGCUCUUCGUGGUCGAUCGAACGAAGGAAGCGCGACACAGGACGCGACGCGGCGACGGCGGCGACAAAGGGGGGCGCGAUGGAAUUGUUUUAAUACGGCGGGCGGCGAGAAUACCGUAGACGCCCGCCGCGGACUCGGAGACGAGCGAGAAGACGUUACUUAUUACGCUGUAAUUAUCAUAUCUCGAGUCGCGUC